AUGGCGAAGGUUCGGGGCCGCGCGCCGCGCAGUGCGGCAGAAGGCGACGCGCGGCGCGCGCGAGCGAGCGGCGCGCGCAUGUCGCGCGUGGACGAAGCGCUGGGCGCUUUACCGGCGACGCGCGCGCCGGACGCGCACCACGGCGCGCGGGACGCGCUCACGCCGUUGGGAUUGGCCAAGUGGCGCGCGUACUUUCGCGCGCAACCGCCGCUCGCGGAGGGGAUCGAUUGCGCGACCGAGAUCCCGGGCGUGAGCGCGGGAUACGAGCUGCGCACGGGACGCGCGAAUGAGCUCGAACCGCUGCUGCGACAGGCGCUGCCGAUCGCGAAGAUGAAUCUGGAGGCGCCGGAUCGAGCGACGCUGACGCGCGCGUUCGGCGGACUCGGAAAAGGAGCGCCGUUUGCGCUGAGCGAAGAGGACAAAGGCGCAGUCGCGCCGGCAAUCGUGGCGUUGAAGGCGCUCAGGGCGACGGAGGCGAAAAAGGCGGAGGGUGGAGAUGAGACGAGCGCGCGCGAGAAGAAGAAGCGCAAACGGGAGUCGAAGAAGGAGAAAAAGGACAAGCGGAAAAGAACGGACGACGGCGGGCAGACGACGAGUCAGGGCGUGAGUGCGGGUAUUUCUACGGGCGACAGCGAUGGGACGAGAAACACUGGGGCGGCGACGGCGGCGACGGCGGCGACGGCGAGCGGCGGCGACGCGCCUUCGGAGCCGAUGGUCGAGUGA